CGGGUACCUCAUUUGCAUGGACCGGCCUAUAGUUCCGCGCGAGACGAGGUGCUCUUCCCCAGUUGCCCGGGAACGCCAGCAGGGAGUGAUUGCACCAUUUACCCGACAGCCAACAUGUCCAUCCAAAAGAUUAAAGCUCGUGAAAUUUUCGACUCCCGUGGGAAUCCCACCGUUGAGGUAGAUCUCUACACUUCCAAAGGUCUUUUCAGGGCUGCUGUUCCAAGCGGGGCUUCGACUGGAAUCUACGAAGCCCUGGAACUUCGGGACAAUGACAAGACUCGCUUCUUGGGAAAAGGUGUCUCAAAAGCUGUUGAGCACGUCAAUAAAACAAUUGCACCUGCACUGGUUAACAAGAACGUCAGUGUGGUGGAACAAGAGAAGAUCGACAAGCUGAUGCUGGAGAUGGAUGGAUCGGAGAACAAAUCCAAGUUUGGUGCUAAUGCUAUUCUGGGAGUCUCCUUAGCCGUCUGCAAGGCCGGCGCGGCUGAGAAGGGGGUCCCCCUGUACCGUCACAUUGCAGACCUGGCUGGGAACAAGGAUGUCAUUCUGCCUGUCCCUGCAUUCAACGUGAUCAACGGUGGGUCCCAUGCCGGGAAUAAGCUCGCCAUGCAGGAAUUCAUGAUCCUCCCCAUUGGUGCUGAGAGCUUCAGGGAAGCCAUGCGGAUCGGGGCGGAAGUGUAUCACAACCUCAAGAAUGUCAUCAAGGAGAAGUACGGGAAGGAUGCCACCAACGUGGGUGACGAGGGCGGCUUUGCACCCAACAUCUUGGAAAACAAGGAAGCUCUGGAGUUGCUGAAGACAGCUAUCGGUAAGGCAGGCUAUACUGACAAGGUUGUGAUUGGAAUGGAUGUGGCGGCUUCCGAAUUCUACCGCGAUGGCAAGUAUGACCUGGACUUCAAGUCACCCGAUGACCCAAGCAGGUACAUCACCCAUGACCAGCUGGCUGACCUCUACAAGGGCUUCGUUGCAAACUACCCAGUGGUUUCCAUCGAAGACCCCUUUGACCAAGACGACUGGGCGGCUUGGAAGAAGUUCACGGCCAGCGUGGGCAUCCAGGUGGUAGGUGAUGACCUAACGGUGACCAACCCGAAGCGCAUUGCGAAGGCCGUGGAAGAGAAAGCCUGCAACUGUUUGCUGCUCAAAGUGAACCAGAUUGGCUCCGUCACGGAGUCCCUCCAGGCCUGCAAGCUGGCCCAGUCCAACGGCUGGGGCGUGAUGGUGAGCCAUCGUUCGGGAGAGACCGAAGAUACUUUCAUCGCAGACCUGGUGGUGGGGCUGUGCACUGGGCAGAUCAAGACUGGCGCUCCUUGCCGUUCUGAGCGCUUAGCCAAGUACAACCAGCUUCUGAGGAUUGAAGAAGAACUGGGGAGCAAGGCCCGUUUUGCUGGCAAGAACUUCAGGAACCCUAAAGUCAACUAAACCGCUUCGGCUCCCGGGGGGGGGUCCCUUGGCCACUCGCCCCGAUUGUGGCCGACAGCGCUAGUCAACCUAUUUAGAAGAAAUGAGAAAAAAAGCCCCUAGUAACCUGCGUACCGCAGAGAGGCAGCUGAUGGGAAACACGUGUUUGGCAGGUCCUCACCCUUGUAGACAACCACAACUCGUCCGUGUGUCUUCUUAAUCAUCUUCUCUCUCUUUAUUACACAACCCUAGUGAUGGCCUGCUGCUUUCAAAAGCGCUUAGCUCUGUGUCUUGCGGACAUACACUGCCCUCCCCUUUUCCCUUUGCACCAUUUUGGCCUUAACUGGUUUGAGUUGUCUUGAGUAAAAAGCAAGAAAGGAGAAAGAGAGAGAGUCACCAUGCUGCUGGUGUAAAAGUUGGAAAGCUCUCCGAUAUCCCAAAGGUGUGGAGGCUUAAUAGCUGUAAAGUGCUAAAGCUGGUAUUAAGCUGAAAAGCGGCUACUGUUGUUGUCUUGCUCGGAAAUUGCAUCAUUUCUCCCAUUUUGUUCUGCUUUAAGCACCAACUCUCAAGAAAAUCCUUUUCUCUACAUCGUGUGUGGAAGUUGUAUGACUCACAGUGCAGCCCGAGGUACCUGCAAACACAAUAGUAGUUCUUACGUGAGGUAAAUAAAGUAAAAGAAAUGUUUCUGCA